AUGAGGAAUUAUAUUGAAAUGAUUGAAAAUUGUGAAAAUAAUGGAGAAGGUGUUUAUGAUGAUUUAAUUGAAGAUUAUUCCGAAAUGUUGAUUGGAAGUGGUAAUAGAAAGGAGAUGGUUAAUAUGGAUUGUUCUGAAGGUGGAUAUUUCUAUGGAUAUGAUAUGAAAGAGAGCUCCUUUAGAAUUUAUGAUUUUCUGUGUGAGAACCCAAUUGUUGUGAGAGUUUUUCCUCAAUUUUUAAAUGUUGGAUUGGCAUUGUGGGUUGAUGGACUCGUUGAAAUUGAAUAUAUCAUUGCUAAUUUGGAAUCAUUUGAAAGAAAGAAUAUUGUCGAGUUGGGAAGUGGUAUUGGACUAGUAGGAUUGUUCUUAAUGAAUAUUUUGAAGGAAACUGGAAGAAUUACCAUGACUGAUUAUUUGGAUUGUGUUUUGGAAAAUUGUUCUUACUGUUGUGAAUUGAAUAAUAUUCCACACAAAGUUUACAACUCUGAAUAUAUUUAUUUGAAGGAAGACAAGUCAAGCAAGAAUGAAAAUUCCAAUCUACAUGUCAUGAAAUUGGAUUGGAUGAAUUUCACAGAGCAAGAUAUUGAGCUUUUAAAAGAUACUGAUAUUUUAAUUGCUGCUGACGUUGCCUAUGACAGUAGUGUUAUUCCAGGAUUGUGUGAUGUAACGCAGCAAUUAUUUAAUAGAAAUAGAAAUUUGAUAAUUCUAUUUGCCAUCACAAAGAGAAAUGAGAAAACAUUUGAAUAUUUUGUGAGUGAAAUGGAAAAACGUGAUAUGGUUGUGAGUAAGGAAAUUUCCACCACUGAUCUGCCUCAAUUAUUCAUGAUUGAAGAUAGAACCACAGUUCGAUUGUUUGAAAUGAAGGGAAGGAAUAACAUUCCCCAUGACCAAUAG